AUGGCGGUAGUAAAAGAUCCCCAAAAGUCGUGGGGCUGCCCGAGCUUCCACUACUGGUCGUGUUUCUGCACCAGAGGGCCGGCGGCUGAUCACCAACCUGGCCCUGCCCACCAGCAGUCGUACUGUCCAACCCCACAAUCGGAGAAGCUGCAGGACGGGAGCUUGAUGAUUGUUCCGUCGCCGGCGGCGGGGACCCCCAAGCUGCCGGAAGGUGAGAUCGGCGGCCAGAGGCAGCCCGGCGGAUGGAGAGCCAUGCCUUACGUUUUAGGAAACGAGACGUGCGAGAGAUUGGCGACGGUAGGACUGUUCUCCAACUUCAUGGUGUACCUGACGAGAGAAUUCCACAUGGAGCAGGCGAGAGCCGCCCAGCUCCUCAACGUCUGGUCCGGCUUCACCAACUUCUUGCCGCUCAUCGGCGCCUUCAUCUGCGACGCUUACGUCGGCCGCUUCAAAACCAUUGCCUUCUCCGUUUUCGCGGAACUUCUGGGGAUGGUGACAAUAACACUGACAGCGUGGCUCCCGCACCUCCGCCCGCCCGAAUGCGACGCGGCCACGUCGGCCUGUGCGGGGCCCACCUCGACGCAGCUGGGCGUCCUGCUGGCGGGCCUGUGCCUGAUGUCCGUCGGCACCGGCGGGAUCCGGCCGUGCAGCAUCCCGUUCGGCGUGGACCAGUUCGACGCGAGGACGGAAGGAGGGGUGAAAGGGAUCAACAGCUUCUUCAACUGGUACUACACCACCUUCACCGUCGUCAUCCUCGUCUCGUUGACGGUGAUCGUUUACAUCCAGGACUCCGUCAGCUGGGCGCUAGGGUUCGGGAUCCCGACGGCGUUCAUGUUCGGCUCCAUCUUCCUGUUCUUCAUGGGGACAAGGAUCUACGUCCACGUCAUGCCCGAAGGGAGCGUCUUCUCCGGGAUCGCCCACGUCUGCUCCGCUGCGUACAAGAAGCGCAGGCUUAAGGUUCCGUCGAAUCCCGACGGUGGGCGGUUCUAUGACCCGCCGGCGAAGCCUUUCGUGAUACAGAAGCUCCCUCUCACGAAUCAGUUCAGCUUCCUAAACAAAGCAGCAUUCAUAGAGCAAGAACACGUGGACCUCAACCCGCAAGGUCAACCGUCAAACCCAUGGAACCUAGUCAGCGUCCAGGAAGUGGAAGAAGUCAAAUGCCUGCUGAAAAUCAUCCCCGUCUGGUCCGCCGGAAUCGUCAGCCUGACGGCGGUCUCCCAGCAGGGCACCUUCACAAUCUCCCAGGCCCAAAUCAUGGACCGCCGCCUGGGCCCAAAAUUCCAGAUCCCGCCCGGGUCCAUGUCCGCCAUCUCCCUCCUCGUCAUCGGCGCGUGGCUCCCCUUCUACGACCGCGUCCUCGUCCCGGCCACGCGCAAGGUCACGAAGAUCGAGGGCGGGAUCACGCUCCUCCAGCGCGUCGGGGUCGGGAUGGUGUUCUCCGUCCUCUCCAUGGUGGUGGCGGGGCUGGUGGAGCGGGAGCGGAGAGGGUACGCACACGCGCACCCGGACGCGCCGCCGGUGUCGGUGAUGUGGCUGGCGCCGCAGCUGGCCCUGAUGGGGAUGUGCGAGGCGUUCAACUUCCUGGGACAGAUUGAGUUCUACAACAAGGAGUUCCCCGAGCACAUGAGGAGCAUCGCCAACGCGCUCUUCUCGGUGUCGUUCGCGGCGGCGAACUAUUUGAGCAGCGUGCUGAUCUCGGUGGUGCGGAAGGCGACCGGCCGGCGGACGGACUGGCUGGCGAAUGAUCUGAACCAAGGGAGGCUGGAUCUCUUCUACUUUCUGUUGGCCGGGAUGGGGUUCGUGAACUGCUUCUACUUUCUUUACUGUGCUAGUGGGUACCGGUACAAGACCAAGAUGAAGAUCGGCGAGGCGGAGGCGGCGGCGGGUGAUGGUGGUGGUGGGAAGUCGACCGAGUUUCGUGACGUUGAGAUGGAUCCAGUUAAAGUGGCGAGUUGA